CGAUAGCAGCCGAUUGCAACGUACGGACACAAAUAACUACAGGGGUUAUUGACGAGCGUAUCACCAUCAAGCUGACCAUCUGAACACCGCGGCAGUUACUACCGAGAUAACCCUUUCACUCGCUUACCAAUGGACAUAUCGCAGGGUGUGGUGGACUACAACACCAUACACAAGCAUCUAAAACAGCUCAAGUUUGCCCAGACUUCAGCCUCAGGUUUAGCUUCGCAACUGGACGAGCAGACCGCUAUUAAGUAUGUGUCCACUUUGCGUCAAGACCUCGUUGCCUUAACCACGGCUUCAAAUAGUCCAGUCCAGAUCAAUUCGAAGACACUUAAUGAGAUCCUGAUUUUCACGAAAACGUUGGACUAUGUUCCAAAAUCCGACAAGUUGUUCUCCUUGUUUGAUGCGCAAUUGUUCAGAUCUUUGUUUGACUUGGCCUGUCUGCCUGAGAUACCCGUUGAGGUUCUGCGUGGUGUGUUGAGAAUAUGCUUGACGUAUCUGGCUGGUGUGCUACCUAAAACUAGAAAGCAGGGAAUGUUCAGAGUUUUGUUGGGCGUUUUGUGCGAGCCAAUCGAGAAUCCAAUUGAAGGUGAAGUCACUACAAGUACCACUGGUGGGGCUAGUAGCUACAGUCAUGUUCCGCUGAAAUGCGACUUACUCUUUGCCAAUUUAACUGCCAGAAUCACCUUCGCUGAUGCCAGGAUGAAUUUGAAUAUUGUCGACUUUGUCGCCAAGGUUUUCUACAGACUGAUGGAGACCAUCAGUCUGCUUUCGAGUGAAUCAAGUCCACUUAUUGUUGAAGAACAGUGGUUGUUUGGGGUUCUGCGUUCAUUAUUCGUUAACAACUUUUUCGGCGUGCUUUCCUGUAUUAAAGGGAUUGGCGAGAUUGAAGGUAUGACGGGUCUCAGAGGCAGCAUGGAGCUCACCUCAAAGUGGUUAGAAAACAAGAAACUUGACUCUUCGAGUUUCAUCUGGAGGGAAUGCUGUUUCUUGGCUAAUGAAAUUGGUGUGGUUUUGGGUGAUGAAGAUUUGGCAGCAAUCAACAAUGUUUCUGAUACCGACAGAGCGGAUGGUAACAACGUGGGUAUCUUAUCCAUUCUAGGUUUAGUCGGAGCGUUGGAGCAACCUAAGAGGUCUUUGAAGAAAAUACUGGUUGAGUGUAAUAUGACCUCGACUCUUCCUAUCAUACGCUUUGUUUCAACAAUCGCUGGCACCAUCUCCAAAAAUAAAGUACUAGAUCGGAUUUUUGGGCUGUGGAACACUGAACUUUUGUACAGCUUGUUGAAUGUGGGUACACGCUGCUGGUUGUUCAGUGGAGCCAGAGUUGAAGCUGGUGAUAUAGAUAAAGUUGCCAAUCUGGUUGAAGUGGUCAUCACAUGGUUAUCGAGGAAGUUGGAGUCUAUUGCUGACAGUAGCAGCCAUGGCAACUCUGAUAGCGAAAAUGUCACCAAAAUCGCAAAAGACGACAUUGAGAUCACUGCCAGCAGUGCCAAUGACUGUGAUGUGGUUUCUUUGCUUGAAAAAGUUGACAGUUUUGAUUACGAUAAAAUUAAGUUGCUACAGUUAGAAGAUGUUCGCUCGAAGCACUUCAAGAAAUGGACAAACAACAUGAAACCUUUUGAAAACCUUGUUCAUCGCCAGGUUGUUGCUCUAGUUCGUGCUCAGAGAUUUUUGCAGUUGAGUAAAGGUUCUUGGGUGUAUGCCACAAAUCCUUUAGAAGCUGGUGAACAUCAUCACCUAUUUUUAACCUUGAACUCGAAUUCACAAAGUAUUGUUUACAAAGAGUUCACUAAAAGGCCUUCCAGAAAUGCGCAAGCUCCAAACUUGGAUAAGGACGGUAUUUAUAUUGAAUUCCGUGACAUCCUUGCGAUCGAAUCUGAAAAUUUAAAUCCGAAUAUAAGCGACACAGGCUUGAUCAGCAUUCAGAGUGAACGUAUGGAUGUCAAUCGUGUUGAGGUAAUUACCAAGACAAAAAUUUUCCAGUUUUACGUCGACACGAAGCAGUUGAAAGACAUUUGGGUAGAUGGUUUACGAAUUUUAGUCACUGAUAGUAGAUCGGAUCCUAAAGCGAAAGAUCACGCUAAAGAAUCUGACAGCUCUCCAAUGAAACUCUCGAUUUCUGAAGAGUUCUUUAUGAGUAGUGGAGUCAGUGAAGAAGUUAAAAAACAGGUCAGAACGUUGGAAGAAAUCCGUGUUCGUACCCAGAUGCUAGAUCUUGAUGACAACGCAAAGCCUUUGAACAAGAGACAGCCUGACAUCUUGGAGUGGAAUACAAUUAGUACUAAUUUUCAUUACGAUUAGAAAUCUUAGAGUAUACUGUAAUAUCAAAUAAUAGACUAUUUUUUUUGCACGAGUGUAUCACAGUGCUUAUCGCCU